GUAAGAGAGAACCACCACCACCAGAACCGAGGCUUUGCCAGUCGGGCUGCUGCAUCUAUUGGUGGGGAGCAUCACCUGCUGGAAACCGGGUCCAGCCUCCCUCCAUACAAAAUCGAGGAUCCAAGAUGUGCAGGGCAGGGCUAAUUUCUUGUGAGCUCGUUGUUGUUCAGGGGCAUUUCUGUAAUGCGACCUCUCUGCUGCAGGGCUGCUCUUGUAAGCUAUGACCAUCUCAGUAAAGGUUGCAUUUGCGAUUGCAAUUGCGAUUGCGAUUGCGAUUGCAUUGCAAUUGCCAACCGCAGUGGGUGCACAAUGCCCGCUCGCUCUCCAAAGUACUACCGAAGUGCAAAAAGUGCCGACGAUGAUCCGGAUGUCGACUAUACCCCCUUCACCCCUUUGUGGCGAAUAUGGGACCAGAAAGCGCAGAAAGACGGGGACCGCAAAACCGUGUACUGGGUUGUCGGGGAGACCUACAAGGGUCAAUGGAAGGACAACCGGAAGCAUGGCAAAGGGACGUACAACUACAAGAGCGGAAACAUGUACGAGGGUGAGUGGAGAAAUGGGAGAAGAGAGGGAAAUGGCACAUUGUGGGUACCAUUCGGCGGAACUUAUCGAGUCGAAUACUCAGGCGUGUGGAGGAUGGGGAAGAAGGACGGUUUUGGGAUAUUGUACAGCGAGUACGGGGAGAGAUACGAGGGACAGUUUAAAGGAGGUUUAAGGCAUGGUAAGGGCCGACAAACGUACCUGGGACCGGGACGAGGUCCCGACGGGUCAGUCGAUGUCCACGUCUACGAAGGCAGCUGGAAGAACGGGAAGCGAGACGGGCACGGCAUUGUCGUCAUGGCGAACGGCGACACGUACGAAGGCUCCUGGGUCAACGAUCUCAAAGAAGGCCCCGGAGUUUUCUACUACGUCAGAAAGGGCACCAAAUAUGACGGAGUGUGGGAGAGAGAUGUGCCCAAGUGCGGCACUUACGACAGAUACUCUAACCUAGAUGCCAUCCCCAAGAUACCUAUCAUAGAACUUCAAGACGCUCAACAGGUGCUCAGCACUGCCGUCAACCAAGUUCUGAACAGAAUAAAGUUCCCGAUGGCAUCGGCAGAGAACAACCAAGGCGACACCGCCAAGUUCAGCAAAGACGAAAACACCGACAACGAGACCCUCAUCGCCACCACCAACAACAACAACCACGACGACGGCAACCACAAUGACGGCAUGCAGCAGGUGCUGGACCAGAAGUUGGACCAGAAAGUGGCCCAGAAUGCGCCAGAAAGUGGCCCGAGGUUGAGCGAGAAGUUGGACCACAUGUCGGACCAGGAGGUGGACCAGAAGUUGGACCAGAAAGUGGACCAGAAGUUGGACCAGAAAGGCGGUGGGGCAGCUCUUGGACCUGAAGUUGGACCAGAAAUAGGGCCAAAAGUGCACCAGAAAUUGAACCAGAGAGUGGGCCAGAAGUUGGACCAUGUGCACCAGAACCUGGACCAGAAGUUAGACCAGAUGUUGGAUUACAAGACGGACCAGAAGUUGGACCAGAAGUUGGACCAGAAGUUGGACCAGAAGUUGGACCAGAAGNUGGACCAGAAGUUGGACCAGAAGUUGGACCAGAAGUUGGACCGGAAGUUGGACCGGAAGUUGGACCAGAAGUUAGACCAGAUGUUGGAUUACAAGCCGGACCAGAAGUUGGACCAGAAGUUGGGACCAGAAGUGGACCAGUUGUUGGACCAGAAGUUGGACCAGAAGUGGACCAGUUGUUGGACCAGAAGGUGGACUGGUCAAGCACGUCUUGGACCCAAAGUUGGACCAGAAAUUGGACCAGAAGUUGCACCAUGUGCAGCAGAACCUGGACCAGAGAGCGACCAGAAGGUGAACCAUGUGCACCAGAACCUGGACCAGAAGUUAGACCAGUUGUUGGAUUACAAGCCGGACCAGAAGUGGGACCCGAAAGUUGGACCAGAAGUGGACCAGUUGUGGGACGGAUGUGUACCAGCAAAUGCACCAGAAAGCCGAUCAGAAGGUGGGCCAGUUGUUGUUGGGCCAGGUGGUCAUGCAGCUUGGAAGCAAGAGAUUCCAUUAAGAAACUCGCUACCGUCUUCACCCGGAUAGAACGAACACCCAGUCAUUGUUGCUACACCUAGACAGAAAGUCAGCCCAAAUACAGCAAUAGUGACCAGCCAUUCUAUUCUAUUCUGGUGAAGACAGUAGCAAUGGGAUCUGAGACAUGCAAUGGUGCUGCAUUUGCAGGACUGCCACAAGCACGUAUUCAUCACCUUUGUCUUUCCCUUUUCGUCUUUUUUUUGGGGGGGGGCAGCGGAGGGGUCAGGCGCCACCAGCAGAAUAAUCCAUGCCAAGGUUGUCCCAGCAAAUUUUGCAUUCAGGUGGUAAUAGUGGUGCAUUGAAUAAUGAUGGAACUAUAGAACACCCAGUCAUUGUAGCGGUAUUUGGGCCAACUUUGAGUCUAGAUACAGAUAUAAUGACCGGGCGUUCUAUUCGGGUGAAGAAGGUAUCGGGUGAAGAACGUAGGCGUAGCACGAUAUCCAGUCCAGAUUCUGUACAAUGGGUAAUGUUGCCCAAAGUCAACGCUAUCCAACAUGGAUAAAGGUUAUUUCGGAUA